AUGGCAUCUGGUUCCCCUUCGUCCGUUCCACCUCCCGACAGCUCGCCUCAAGUCCAUCCGGUCGUGCGCAACGCUCUCCGCAUUUCGCUGAGUGCCAAGGAAUACAAGCUCCUCCACGACUACGCUGCCCGACGCGCACCUGGACUCCAGGCGCAGCUCCCUUCUCCUGCGAAAUUCGAAGCUAUUGUCCGCUCCAAAAGCAAAUAUAAUGAAGCAUCUGUGCGUGCGUCGAUACGGGUCUUCCUCCUUUCGGGAGCCCUGUUAAAGGUCCUGGAGUUGGUUCUCCGUCGGCUGCGCAAAGAACCUAGCCCCAAAGCUACUUCUCGCACGUCCGUGUUUAGGUCUCCCAACUUUCGCCUCUCCCUCUCGUUCUCCCUCGUGCUUCUUCUCCACCGAUUACUAUAUCGCUUCUUCACCCGGUUGCGCGCGAAUCUUCGUACCGACGAUGCAGAGCCGUUCCGCAUCCGCAACCCGCGCGUAUCGAAAGCGCUGACUUCACGCUUUGCGCCCGCUGUUGGAGCUAGCGUGGCGGGUUUCGCGCUGGGUAUCUGCCCGCAGGAGCAGCUGCGGAGAGGGCUGGCGAUCUACAUGGCUACACGGAGCUUGGAUUUCUUUUAUAACGUGCUGGAUGAGAAGGGAUAUCUGCAGAACCGACCUGAGUGGUUUGGAAGCUGGCUUUUGAUGCCGGUAUCCUGCGCGCAACUGUUCCAUGCGUUUGUUUUUGACCGCGAGGCGGCUCCCAAUUGGUUUGGAAAACUUCUUCUCAAUUCCAAGGCUUAUAUCCAGGAGCGCCCGGAGACCGUGGGCCCUGGGGUUGCGUGGCCUGCGAAGGAGGAAAUUGUAGACUCUCUUGCUGCGAUUGCUAGUCUACGAUGGCCGGCAUUCGUGUCGCCCAUUCUGCAUCCCGGAGAUCCCAAGACGCUGCCGUCCGCCGUCAAGUCGAUUUCUCCGAUCACAGGCCCUGCACACCCGUCCAUCCAGAGCCUGUCCUGUGCUCUGAUGCAUCCGAGUAACCCCAGCUGCGGAACGGCAUUCCUACAUCAUAUUCUACUGACGGUACCACCGCUUGCUCGGAUGCUGGCCACUGCGACGCUGGCGAUCUCUGCGCUCAAGUUCAAGAGCUUCAUGGCACAACCGAUCACGACGGCGAACAAGGUGUCAAAGCAGAUUAUCUCCUUGACUGCGGUGCUGUCCUCGUCGGCUGGGCUAGCAUGGGGCAGUCUCUGCCUGUGGAAUGCUCUGCUUCCGCGGAAGAUGCUCCCGACGAAACGGUUCUACCUUAGCGGUGCCCUGGCUGGCGUGCCCUUCGCGGUGCUCACGCACAGUCGUAGUAUGUACCUGGCGAUCUUCCGGGCGGCAGUGGACUCGGCCUGGAAGACGGGCGUCAAACGGCGUCGCUGGACGGGAUGGAAAGGCGGCGAUUUGAUGAUUGUGGUGCUGUCGUGGGCAUUGGCCGGGGCGAUUCUGGAGUCACGACCGGCGGCCGUGGAGGGGGCGGGCGUGCGCAAGUCGCUGGCAUGGAUGCGCGGCGAUGGAUUCGUGGAUCCGGUGGAGGGAAAGAAGAAGCGGAAGAAGCACGACGAGUAA